ACGGGACGUAUUGGUCCGGGGGCAAACCGACCUGCAGCCUCCGGAUCCUGAUGAGCCUCCAUCGUCGGAGAGGAAGCAGCAGGAUGACUGCGGUACAUCAGCGGUAGAGUGCUGGGCUUUAACUGGCUUUUUGGAAUUGGCUGAAGACCUGCUGUCCUUACUGCUUAGGUCAGGGGGGCCAAAGUGAGGCCCCAGGACCAUUUGUGCCUCAACUCCACACCACAGAGUAAAUGUGGGCAGAUUGAUCCAAAAAUAUUGAAAAUUUCUAUACCAGGUCAGCAUCGGAUCCAUGCGUUAGUUUAAGAUUUCAUUUUGGUUUUGUAGUUUCUCAACCUUAACUAAAAUGAGAUGUCUUGAUCUGAUGUGAAAUAAAAUUUGUAUUACUUUAUUUAUUUAGGAAGAAUGUCCGCACAUUUGUUUUGAUUUUCUAUUGUGCUGAGCGUAAACGUAUUUUCUAGACACCAAACUUUGUUCAAUUUCUUGCUUAGGUUUUAACAAAAUAUUAACAUCAUGUCUAAAUGUCAGAAGUUUGAUAUAUCAAACCGGAAUUAUAAAAAGUAUUGGUAUCAGUAUGGAUAUUGGCGAAACUUGCACUGUUUAUAUUUGGUGUGUGAACCAAAGUACAAAACGGUUAAUAGUUGAAAUGACAGCAGAUAAUGCAAAAGGGAGAGGAGUGGGAGAAUGCAACAUACAAGACAACCUGUAGGAAUGUUUAUGAUGAAGGAAUGAGGGAACAUGAUGGAAAGUUCAAAAACUUUGAUUUUACUGUCCCUUUAAGUCCAGUGUUUAUCCGUUGUUAUGCAUGUACAUGUAUCUCCAAAUAUCCACGCUGUUCCUGAGAACCAUGUGUCUGAUGAAGCUGGAGGAGUCCAGAUCAGGAAAACUCUUGUUGCUCUAGAAUCAGAUUCUAGAGCAAUGAUCUGGUCUAGUUGCAGAUCAUUCAUUCUGUUUACUUCAGACUGAUCAGUGACCCCUGACCCCCAGCUUAACUCAGCAUCUCUGAACACAUCCAGCAGAAGCCUUCAUUCAGCCCUGCUGGAGGUUAGCAGUGUAACUAUGUGCUGCCCUCCCACCCUCCUUCCACCUCCUCUUUAUUGUUGCUUCUGUAAAUAUUAGUUGAUAAAACUCAGCCAUGCCCCCCCUCCCCUCCGCUCCUCCUGCUUUAACUCCUGCCGUUCCUGCCUGAUCUCAGUUAUCCUUUGGAAUGCUGGGAACGUCAAAUUAACUUCCCAGUCGCUUGGACAUUACUGGAUAUUUCCCUGUAAUUAAGCUAGAAGAAGAAGGAUGAAUAGCUCCUGCGUCGGCUGUCUGAAAAGUCUGGUGGUGUCUCUCCACUUCCUCUGCUGGCUGUGUGGAGCCUUGGUGGUGGCGUUCGGGGAAUUCCAGACGACGCACUCCAAGUUCGCCUCUCUGGUCACCACCUUCUGGCCCAUCUACCCGGCCAACGCGCUCGUGGUGACUGGUGCCAUCGUCACCUGCGUCUGUUACCUGGGAGUGCUGGGAGGCAUGAGGGAGAACCGCUGCAUGCUCGUCACUUUUUAUGUUCUACUGUUCGUCCUGAUGCUGGUGGAGCUGGCCAUGGCCUGUGUGUUCUUCGUCUACAACAGAGAGAUCGACACAUACUUUGAGAAGGACCUGACCCGCAGCUUGGAGGUCUACAUGGAGUCCGGCCCAGAGGGGAACAAAACCAUUAAGAAGGAUUUUGAUGCCGUCCAGUACCUGUUUAAGUGCUGUGGAGUUCACGGCCCAGAUGACUGGAAGGGGAAAGCGCCGCUGUCCUGCUGCACCAAGGAUCCCUGCAACAUUGCUGACCAGCCCAACUGGCAGGAGGGCUGCCUGGUGAAACUCAGGAACUGGUUUGCUACAAACUACCUCAGCACUGCGUCAGGAGUGGUCGCCAUGUUCAUGAUUCAGUUCGUGUGCCUGAGCGUCACCAUCCCUCUGUUCUGCCACUUCAGGCGAAGAGGACUGGGCUACAAGUGAGAAAACACUCCGUGGACCAACUUAGGACAUCGUUCACGCCAACAAGGUCAUCUGGAGUCUAUUAAAGUGCUGCCUGUCACCCAGAAAAAUAACACACGGGAGGGAUGGUAGUGUACAGUAGUUUUAAUUAUUGGUUUUGAGUUUCCAGUAUGGUCCAUAUUCCAAAUGUCAUCACUUUGCUGAUUUAAAAAGCUCCUCUGAAAUGUAGCACCUCUUAAUGCUGAAGCACAAAAUGAAUAUGCAUGAAUAUGCCGUCUCUCUGCAACAGAGACGUUGCUAAGGCGACUUUGAAUCUAGAAUUUUCUAAUCAGUUCUCACCAAGUAAAUGCUUAAUAUGCUUUAUAUAUUAAGCAUUUACUUGGUAUUAAGCUUUUCAGAGGCCAUAGGCAAAUCCUGAUUAGAGUCAACAUGAUUAAAUCCAAACUGAACAAAAUUACCUAUGGAGUUCCCCAAGGUUCCAUCCUGGGCCCGCUUCUUUUCAAUAUCUAUAUGCUUCCAUUAAUUCAAAUUGUACGAAAUAAUACGAUAGAAUACCACAAUUAUGGCGAUGACACACAGCUACACAUCAGUCUUUCACCAGGAGAUUACAGUCAGGUUCAAAUACUCACUAAAUGUAUUGAGCAGAUUAAUGUCUGGAUGGGCCAAAAUUUUCUCCAACUAAAUAAAAACAAAACUGAAAUAUUAGUGUUUGGACCAACAGAGCAUAGAUUAAAUAUAAUCACCCACAUUCAGUCUGUUGGUUUAAAAUGCUCUGAUGAAGCCAAGAAUCUGGGGGUGAUCAUGGAUGCUGAACUUUAAUAACCACAUCAAAUUUAUCAUAAAAACAUCAUAAUACCAUCUAAAAAAUAUUGCUAAAAUUACACGACUCGUGUCUCCACAAGAUUCUGAAAAAUUAGUUCAUGCCUUUGUUUUUAGUAGGCUCGAUUACUGCAAUGGCAUUUUUACUGGAUUAUCCAAAAAAAGCAAUAAGACAGCUCCAGCUUCUCCAGAAUGCUGCUGCAAGAGUCCUAACUAAAACAAAAAGAGAUCAGCACAUCAGUCCAGUUCUAAGAUCCCUGCACUGGCUGCCUAGAAUUUAAAAUCUCCUUAAUGGUUUACAGAGCACUUCAUAAUAGAAACCCAGACUACAUUUCGGAUCUUCUUCAACCCUGUAUACCACUCAGACCUUUAAGAUCAUCAGAAUCAAACCUACUAACUAUUCCGAGAAUCAGAACUAAACAGCUUUUAGUUUUUAUGCUCCAACACUCUGAAAUAAUCUUCCUGCUCUCUGUAAGGCUGCCCCCACCGUGAGUUUAUUUAAAACAAGGUUAAAAACCUUCUUAUUAGACAUUGCCUACUCUUAAAUUUUGUUUAAUUUUUUUUAUUCUAUUCAUUCCUUAUAUUCAAAAUUGUAAUGUUUAUUUUAUUUCUAAUCUGCUUGAUUUUUUUUUUUCUUCUGUUUUUAAUUUUCUUGUACAAGCACUUUGAAUUGUCUUUUUCUGAAAGGUGCUACAUAAAUAAAGUUGCCUUGCCUUGCCAAGCCAAAACACACACACACACACAGGUUUGUAUUAAUGGGGUCAAUGUUGAACGAACAAUUGGUUAUUUAAUUAUGGUGAAUUUCUUUGUAAAUAUAAAUUCCCUGUGACCCCUAAAGAAUUUGCUGUUGUUUUCGAUGCUAUUCCAGCAGGUUUGAAAUUUCUCACAUCAACCUCAGGUACAGCCCAUGUCCAAUAUCCCAGAUUUCCAGAGUUAUUUAUUGGUAAUUCAGAUCCUUUCCGUAGUAUUAAAACUGGAAAUAAACAUAUUAGAGAAAUAAUCCAGAAGAAUACUAUUAGCAAACCUGCUUCAAUCUUUUUUUGGAACAAUCUCUAUAGAUCUAUACAGAUAUUGAUUGGGAACAAACAUGGUUAUUGCCAAGAAAGUCUUUUGUCUCAAAUAAAGUACGAGAGGCGUCUCUUAAAAUUCUACACAGGUGUUACCCUGUAAAUUCAGCUCUGACUAAAUAUAUUCCAAAUAUUGAUCCUCUUUGUUCCUUUUGUCACAUCAAACAGGAAACAUUAACCCACCUUUUUUGGGAAUGCUCUUUCAGCAAAAUGUUUUGGUGUGACUUCAAUAUUUUCUUCAGUCAGAAAUGUGAUAUACUUAUUCCUUUGAAUGUCAAACAUGUUUUCCUUGGUAUUCCCAAUAACAGUAUGUCUGGGAAACAAUAUAUUCUGAACUUUCUUAUUCUGUUGGCUCAGUUCCACAUACAUGCCUGUAAAUUUG